CAUGCAUCUCUGCGCGUCUGCUGGAGGCGAUGCGCAUCAUAUAUAUCUAACCAACCGUGUCCACUAGUCUUUCGGACCACUCUGCUGGUGAAAACGGGGCACGUGCGAUUCGUGGACUAAUCUUUAAGGAAUAAUACGCGGAGCAUCUCCGCGCACCGAGAGGGAAUAAGCCUCGUUGUUACGCAUUCUGUGGCAUAAUUAUUUGUGACUGAAAGUCAGAGAUCGAUAUUGGAAAGAUGUUGCCGACGAAAUUGGGGGGUUAGAGGUGCCGAGGUGUAUCCCACCACUGAAUAUGGAGUAAAUUCCUUGUCUUUUCUUAUUUUAAGUCGGAAUACAUUGAAGAGUAUUGCAUCACGAUUAUACGUCUCGCAUUCAAGGGAGAAAUCAUUCCAUUCACAGGCAAUUGGAUGAGAGUCAUACUUGCCCUUGGCAACUAAAGAUGACGUUACUAUGGAAACGACUUGUGGUGCUAUCAAUCAUCAGCUGCCUAGCAGCUCAAGCAGAAUAUGCAAAGUUUCUUGGUCCAAGCUGGAAAACCGAACCAGAAGACUUGGUACUUCCCAUCUAUUCUACUGAACAAGAGGCUGUUUUAACCUGUGAAGCAUCUGGGGCCCCGUCCCCUCAAUACAGAUGGUCUCUAAACGGAACGCUCAUUGAUCUUCGUGGUGACGAGAGGCGUCGCCUGUCUGGAGGUAACCUGAUCAUUACCGGCCUGGAUCGAGACCAAGACAGCGGUAUCUACCAGUGCGCUGCCUUCAACGCCCGGGGAACCAUUCUCAGUCAGAGAGCCACUCUACAAUUUGCAUAUCUGGAAAACUUCAAAACACAGACCCGAAGUGCUGUCAAUGUGAGGGAAGGUCAGGGUGUCGUUUUAUUGUGUGGCACACCUUUGCACUCUGGAGAGCUUUCUUUCACCUGGGUCUUCAACGACUUCCCAAACUUUGUCCAGCAAGACAGUCGGCGCUUUGUAUCCCAGGAGACGGGGAAUCUGUACAUUGCUAAAGUCGAACCAUCAGACGUGGGGAAUUACACCUGCGUGGUCAACAAUACUAUCACAAGGGGCCGAGUCUUCAGUUCACCAACGCCUUUAGUGCUGAGAAAUGAUGGAGCGAUGGGAGAGUACGAGCCCAAAAUAGAACUUCAUUUUCCUGACACAAUCCCAGCUGCUAAAGGAUCCACACUGAAGCUGGAAUGCUUCGCCCUGGGAAAUCCAGUUCCUAAGAUCAGCUGGAGACGAACCAGCGACUCUCCGUUCCCUAACAAAGUCAAACUGAAGAAUUCCAACGCCAUUCUCGAGAUUCCCAGUUUUCAACAGGAGGACACUGGAACAUACGAGUGCAUAGCAGAAAACAGUCGGGGGAAGAAUGCUGCACGGGGUCGUGUGUCUUUCCAUGCGACACCUCAUUGGCUGCAGACGAUGACAGAUACGGCAUUGUCCAUAGAGGAGAAUCUGCUUUGGGAGUGCAAAGCCAACGGAAAGCCAAAGCCGUCCUACAGCUGGCUGAAGAACGGAGAGACUCUCAUGUCUGAGGGACGAAUGCAAAUAGAGAACGGCGCUCUUUCCAUCUCCUCGCUGAAUCUUUCAGAUGGUGGGAUGUAUCAAUGUGUGGCGGAGAACAAGCACGGCAUCAUUUAUUCCAGCGCUGAACUGCUGGUGCUCGCUUCUCCUCCCAGUUUUUCCCAGAAUCCUUUGAACCGGGUGCUUAAGGCCCGCUCGGGUAGUGACGUUAUACUGGACUGCAGGCCACAUGCCUCGCCCAGAGCCAUUACCCUGUGGAAAAGGGGGAGUGAAAUACUGCAAAGAAAUGAAAGGAUUUCUCUCUUCGCCAACGGGACUCUUAAGCUUGCCAAUGUAACUAAGCGAGAAGGGGGAAGUUACACAUGCGUAGCGAAAAACCAGUUUGGCACUGCAAGCACAACCGGCAAACUGGUCAUAACAGAGCCCACGAGAAUCAGCCAGGGUCCCAGCAGCACAGAAAUCACUGUGGGCGAAAGCAUCGUGCUGCCCUGUCAGGUGACCUCUGAUCCAGCUUUGGACGUGGCCUUCUCCUGGGCCUUUAACGGUCAACCUAUUGAUUUUCAUCAAGACGCGGACCACUUUGAGAGAGUCGGAGGGAGCUUUUCCGGUGACCUUAUGAUUCGAAACAUCCAGCUGAACCACGGAGGAAAAUAUGUUUGCCUCAUCGACACAGACGUUGAGAGUCUGUCCACUGAUGCAAUAUUGGUUGUUAAAGGUCCCCCUAGUCCCCCAGACUUGGUCGUGGUAGAGGAAGUCACAGACAGCACGGCCCAGCUGUCCUGGAGCCCAGGCCAGGACAACGGGAGUCCCAUUACAGGAUACGUUAUCCAGGGGAGGACUCCGUUUACCGUGGGUUGGCAAGCCGUUGAUACAGUUCCUGAGGUGAUCAAUGGGAACACUCUGACCGGAACAGUGGUGGGUUUGAAUGCCUGGGUGGAAUACGAGUUCAGAGUUCUGGCCAGUAAUGGUGUCGGGAUGGGAGAGCCCAGUCCGCCAUCCACCAAGAUCAGAACAGAAGAUGCUAUGCCUGACACAGCCCCCACUGAGGUUGGAGGUGGAGGAGGAACAAAGUCUGAAUUAGUGAUAACGUGGGAGCCUGUUCCAGAGGAGUUGCAGAAUGGAGAGGGCUUCGGUUACAUCAUCGCUUUCCGUCCGGUGGGCACGGUCACUUGGACCCGAGCCGUGAUGUCAGCGCCCAGCGCCACCCGUUACGUUUUCCGCAAUGACACCAUCCCGCCUUUCUCACCUUUCAAUGUCAAAGUUGGAGCAUUCAACAACCGAGGGGAAGGGCCGUUCAGCUCCAUAACAACUGUGUUCUCGGCAGAGGAAGUGCCGAGCUUAGCACCGGAGAGAGUUGCAACGAAGAGUCUGUCUGCGGCCGACAUCCAGGUUACCUGGGAAGCCAUCCCAUCGACCCCUGAAAGAGUUCUUGGAUAUGAGGUGGUGUACUGGGAAGAUGACACCAAGCCGGAGACCGUGGGUAGAGUGAGGAUUACUGGAGACUACACAGCGGUAAAUGUUAGCGGACUGCAGGGGAACAUGCAAUAUUAUGUAGCGGUCUGCGCAUUUAAUACUGCAGGAACCGGCCCACAGUCCGUACCUGUCAAUGUCACCACCAAAAAACCACCACCUGCACAACCCCCUCAAAAUGUAGAGUGGAAUCUGAUUGGUUCGCAGCUCAUGCUGCAGUGGGAUCCAGUCAUAGCUCUCGAAACCGAAUCCGAGGUCACUGGAUACAUAGUACUAUACAGAAGACACCGAAACAACGAUAUGUACUCCAUCAUCACCAACAAAACGUCCGUCGAGGUGACCCUUAACCCGAACGACAACUACGUAAUUCAGAUCAAGACCCUCAGUGAAGGGGGGCUGGGGGAAGGAAGUGAGCCGAUUCACAUCCACCAACUCAGCAUGGGUGCGCGGGAAUCCGGAGCGGGAAGGCUGUGCGCGUUCUCUCUCUCUCCUCUUCUCGUGUGCGCACUGUCAACGCUCAGUGCCUCCUGAUGUUUGCCUCCCAUGACCAUUGGACAUUUACAAAAACAUGUACAAACUUUCUGCUCUUCGCUCAGCCUCUGUUUUCCAUAACCCUAUCCGAUUGGAUUCCCCAACUCUGGCAGCAUGCAUGUUGGAGAUUCUGAAACGUCACAUGGGAACAUGAGGGAAUGCAUAAUUUGUAAACACGGCAGAGUUCUGCAAAAAUUCGCUAAGAUGUUUGGAUUGACACGGAUGAUCUGUAAUAUUAUGAGCUUUUUGGCACUCUAAAACCGGGAAUAACGAUUGCAAUGGCUUUGUUCAGACUGCACACAAAUCCGAUUUGGUUUUCAAAUCGCUAAGUGUUCUGGCUAGAUAUAGCUUCAGACAUUUUUUUGUUAAAUGCCUAAGCAUCCUUAAUGACAAAACAUUAACUAUUCAGAGUGAUUUUAAUUGGAUUUAUAGAUCACACAUGCAUGCACUUUAGUUUAGAUUUUUACAUGUUUUUGGUGUUUAAAUUAUGCUGCUGACUAAACAAGGCCAAAACGCUUAACUUUUUUCUUUCUCACAUAAUAUAUUUAUUUCAUUUACAGCGCUAAUGUAUGCAUCCUUCAUCUUUCGCUCCGAUCUUUAAAUGCCUUAAAUUUAUGUACGCACCAAAGUAGUUAACAACAGUUGCGCAGUUGAGUUGUAUUCAAAGAGGACAAGGGCUCAAAAACCAGUGUUGCUGAAAGUUGCUCUUACAGUAUGUGCUGAUUUUGAAUCUGUUUGUGGGAUCUUUUGUGAUUAACAAAGCCAAGAUUUGUUCAAAUGAAAAUCGUUCACUUCUAUUACAGAGCCAUCAAAUCAAAAGGCUCCUCUUAGUCUCUUUACUGGGUAUUAGCAUUUUGUUUGAUGCUUCAUGCUGGUUUAAUUAUAGAUUAAGGCGUUAAGGCUUUUCCUGAGAGUAUUUGCUCUAAAGGUCCACCGGCUGAACCACUUUCACAUUUUAGUUUCUUUUCUGUUCGCCUGCUGCUGUACCGCGCCCAUCGCAACUCAUUCAGCGUUUUUAAAAAUAGUCAAUAUGCCAAAAAGCAUCAAAUUCAUACAAUAGCUUUGAAUACGUUUCGAAAGCAUAUGGCACUCAUGAAAGCAAGCUUUUAAAAGCAUUGCCUCGCACACCUCUGUCAGUACGUAAAUAAACACGCGAGAAGUUUGUCAGAAGUGCUGAGAUGCAGAGUGGGACUCGCAUGAAAGUUUUAUAGCUCUAAUGGCUUUGUAGAUGUGAAAAGGUUAAAAGCCUCACAAACAAGUUGCGUGAUGGACCCAAGAGCUCCUUUCCAGUCUAUAUGUUUCUGUAUAAAUGCCAUUAUAAAAGGGACAUAGCAUAGGACAUGUCUGGGCUUUUAGCACUGGGUUUGAACCGUAAGGUUGUCCGUUUGGUCCAUAUGAAGACUGUAUGUAUGUACAGUUUGAAGUAGUUCUGUACAUACAUUCCCUAGUGGCUAGGUCCCUAAGAGAUGGAAAUGAUCACAUUGCCAUAAUACCUUAAAUUGUGGCACUUAUUAUUGCAUAUCCAAAAUAUAAUGAUGCCCAUCUCAUGCACCUUAAAGGGUCAAUAUUAUGCCCAUUUUUACAAGAUGUAAUAUAGGUCUUAGGUGUAGUAGGUGAAGAUUCAGCUCAAAAUACCACACCGAUCAUUUGUUAUAGCAUGUCUAAAAUGCCCCUGUUUGGGUGCUAUAUAAGUGCUGUUUUAACGUGUGUACCUUUAAAGUGACAUUCCACUUUUUUUGAAAUUAUGCUCAUUUUUCAGCUCCCCUAGAGUUAAACAUUUAAAUCUUACAGUUUUGGAAUCCAUAUAGCUGAUGUGCGGGUCUGGCGCUAGCACUUUUAGCAUAGCUUAGCAUAAUCCAUUAAAUCUGAUUAGACUAUUAGCAUCACACUCAAAAAUAAGAGUUUAGAUAUUUUUCCUAUUUAAAACUUGACUCUUCUGUAGUUACAUUGUGUACUAAGACCGACAGAAAAUAAAAAGUUGCGAUUUUCUAGGCAGAUAUGGCUAUGAACUAUACUCUCAAACUGGCGUAAUAAUCAAGGACUUUGCUGCUAUAACAUGGCUACAGCAGCAGGCGUAGUGAUAUUACGCAGUGGCCGAAAAUAGUCCCCUGCAAUUGAAAGUAACCACGGGGACUAUUUUUGGGCAGUUGAAUGGAUUCCAAAACAGUAAGAUUUAAAUGUUUAACUCUAGGGGAGCUGGAAAAUGAGCAUAUUUUCAAAAAAAGUGGAAUGUCCCUUUAAAUGCAAAUGAGCUACAGCUCCUCACUUCAAAUAGAUCUGAUUCCUGUGAAUACAAUCUGAGAAAAUUGUUAACAUGUUAUAGCACUAAUGCAGUUAAAUAUACAAACACAUUUAAAAAAAAAUUUUGGGUAAAGUUUACCAGUCAGUCAGUGCCUGUGGGCAGGGCUUUGUUAGAGUGACAUCACAUUAACAAGAGAAUCAUAACAGCAUGUCUAAUGACAACUGCUUUGGUUUAAUGGUGAUUAAAAAAUUAGAAGUAGGUCUUUUUUUCUUUUCAUUUUAGGGUGGUUGUGUUCACACACUGCCAAUACACAUUUAUGUUCAAACACCUUGUAAAAUUGGAUUUGGCAUAAUAUGGGCACUUUAAAUUCAAUAUCACUCAUUUAAACCCUAGACCCUAGUGCUGUAGGCCCUAUUAAUGUGAAGUUUCCUUUCAGGCAAUAGUGCCUUCACCGGACAAUAUGUUUCUGGCCCUUUCAUGGCAGUGUCAGGCUGCGCUGACUAUAAUUCGCACUUGUUCAAUGAAAGUCAGAAGCAGAUGCAAGGAAGUGAACCAAGGUGACACAGCCUUCCUGCUUACUCCCCAGAACAGGUGCGGUACAGCCUGUAAAAAAAGUUCGCAAGAGGGGAAAAAAAGAAGCCGCAUACCCACAAUCAGGACAGCCUAUCUGUUCUCCUUCGAGCUUUCAUAAAGGUCUGAGGACCUUGAUUAGGCUGCAGCGGCCCAGUCAAUGGGAUAUCGAUUUUUCUGCUCUAUACCGCGGCUGUCACAAUGCAGCCUCCUGAUUGACUGAUGCCAGUGUUCCUGUCGGCCAUCUUGGAUUGAGUUUGUGCUCUGAGUGUCAGAGAUGUCCUUGCCCCUUCUUUUUUAUCGUUCAGUGCUUGGGUUGGAUUUUAGCAAAACACGUUUCAGAGAAGAAACUCAAAAAGACAGACAUGCUUUGAUUACAUUUGGGGUAAAUAAGUGAAAGUUGGAUCAACUUACAUUUUUAAUUUUUUUCUACUUUAAUUUUCUUACUUUUCGUGAAAAUUAAUGUGGAAAAAAAAUAAUAAUAAAUUGGUAGCACCUAAAAGUUUUAUUUUAAGUGAGAAAUUUUAAGUUGAAAAAAAAUUCCAAUUGAAGUAUUUUUUUUAAGUUAAUCAAACUUUCACUUUUUUAUUUUUUUUAUAAGAAAAUUAAAGUUUAAAGGGAUAGUUCACCUAAAAAUACAACUCCUGUCAUCAUUUACUCACCCAUAUAUUGUUCUAAACCUGUAUGAGUUUAUUUGUUCAGUUGAACACAAAAUAAAAUAUUUUAAAAAUGAUGGUAAACAAAAUGUUGAUGACACCCAUUGACUUCCAUAGUGUUGGUUUUUCCUACUUUGGAUCUCAAUUGGUGUCGUCAACUGUGUGGUUACCAUCAUUUAUCCAAAUAUCUUCUUUUGUAUUUAACAUAACUAUCCCUUUAAACAUCUUUAAAGUCAACAUUCACUUUUAAAUACGUAUUCCUGAUCUUAUUGGUUGUGGUUCCUCAUGCUACUUCAAAGAAAAAAAUUGAAUAAUCCUUCAUUAUAUUGAAAUUCCUUUUUGACUGACAUCACCAGGUUCUCAUUAAGUUCUAUUUGUCAACAGUGGCGGCUCGUGACUGCUCAUCUGAGGGGCGCAAAUUCAAAAAAGUGUUCGGAGUGUCAUGUGUUUUGCUCAUGUUUUCAAAAUAUGUGUUUGUUACGUCAUGUGAACCAUGUGCAUCAUGUGUUUUGUCAAAAUAAGUGCCUGCUGCACACGCGUCCAAACCGUUUAUGAUAAAAGAGACGCUCACGUUCAGAAAAUACACACAAGACACUUCCUUAACAGUAAACCCUUAAUACGCAUGAAAUUAUGCGAGUAUCUGGCAAACGCGAGCGUCUCUUUUAUCAUAAACCCUUUAGACGCCCCUGCAGCAGGCACUUAUUUUGACAAGACAUGUGAUGCACAUAGGUUCACUCGAUGGGGUGUACACAUAUUUUGAAAUGACGAAACACACACGAUGGGCUACAUACACGUUGUGACGAACUUUGCAUCGUGCGCCCUCGAAAAAAGAAGUCAAUGGUCGCCACUGUUUCUCAAGCUGUCAUAUAAAAACACUUUUUACGAGUUGAUGAACUCUUCUCUUGUAUUUAUAUUUAAUUAAAUAUAUCGUUUUACACAGAUAUGAAGCACACUUCGAGUUAAACUGCGACAGAAGUCAAUGUUAAUGUGGACUUUAAAGGCAGUACCACAGACUUCUUUUACGGUAAACUUUUCGUUUUAGUUCUGUAGUUUAAAAUGAUUGCAUUUUUUUAUUCUCAACCUAGAAAAACAACAAUAGAAAGUGGUAAACAUGGUCUGUAUUAUUCUAUAUGACAGUAAUUACAAAGCGAGUGCUGUUUAUAAAUCACACCCCUUGUCACUAAUAACAUGUUGUACUGAAUGAUAAUGUUUCCAUUUUCUGUUUGGUUCCACCCACUCUCUAUUCGAUUCUUAUGUGGCCCAUCAGCCGGCACAAUAUCAGCAUAUCAAUGCUUGAACAAUAACUGUUGUUUCAUAGAUGUUUUCUCUCGUACACUUAAAAUCGUGCAGUCUUAUUCCCCUAAUUUUGUGUAAAUUGUAUAAUCACUGAUUUUCAUUUCUUGUAUUAUGAUUUCCCCUUCGCUAAAACACCUAAUGGCAGAUCUUAUCAAUCCAAUCCAAUUUUGUUUCUAACUAAUCUGAAAUGAAAAUUUAUUUCACCUUUACCAGAUGUAAAUAGUGGCUAUAUAUUUUUAAGAGUCGGCCAGCAUUGACAACACCAUGUUUUUUCUACAGCACACGGCUUUGGGAAUUUAAUACUGAUGUAUUAAUAAAUAAUCUCUGUGAGAUGCCUUGCAACGAAAUGGACAUUUUCAUAUUGAAAAGUAACUGUUUUGUCUUGUAUACUAAAACUGUGCAUGUGGCAAAAUGUUUGGUGAAUAUGUGUUGAGUUUUAUAAU